AAAACCUUGCUUUCGUAUGCAGAGAGGCCGGUGACAGAAGGUGCCAGGCUGAAGGUCACAGCUGCUCCCAGCAAGGAUUUUUCUCAAUCUGGACUUUAAAACUUCACGCAUAGAGUUCUGAUGGAGGGGAUGAAAGUCCCUCUCUGGUUGCCUCUGUGUUAUUAAACAAUUGGAUCUGUUGCUAUGGAGACAAAAGAACAGGAAGAGGUGGAAAGACACCGUGGGAAAUCAGCCAAUGGUGUCAGGAAGGACAGUUCUUCACAGGCAAUAUCAUGCCUGGACAUGAUCUGUACUGAUAAGUCUGAAGCUUCUGAGCAUGUGAUUGAGAAGGAAUCACAAGCACAUUACAUUCCCAUUCGAAGAAAUUCCAGGUACUAUCGCUCCUUCAGGGACCGGAACAGAGGGAAGGCAAAGAGUCGCAAAGAAGUUCAAACUGAAUGUGUUGGAGGUUCACUUAAAAAUGGUAAUACCAGCAAUGAACUUCUGAACAAAGAUGAACUGUUACGCAUAUUCCACAAGGGCCUGUCUCUACAUGUAAAACCAGAUAUGACAGCCACAGAAGAACAAUGGUUUCAACGACUGCUCCCUUCCUACCCCGGUUACCGUGGCAACCGCCCGGACUCCCCCAGCCCCGCGCCUGCUGCGGAAUCGCUCCGUAGCAGCAGUAGCAGCAGCCGCCGCUCGCUGCCGGAAUCGGUGCUGCUCCCGCCGUCGUCGCUGCCGCCUCGCAUGGAGCUCCUGGCUGCCGCUCUGAGCGCCGCCUGCGCCCUCGAACAUGAAGGCUCACCAGAGAGCGAGGCCGCCGGAGCCAGCCCGCCCGGCAGUGAAUCCCCUUCCAUGGCUGGACCAGCUUCUAUUCCAGAAGAAAACUCUGGGAAUUCAGAUUGCCCUGCUGCUUUUCCUGAGGCCUUGCAAAUGAUUCAUCCCAUGACAGCUGACUCCUGGAAAAAUUUCAUUGAACAAAUAGGUCUUUUGUAUCAAGAAUAUCGGGAUAAAUCCACACGUCAGGAGAUUGAAACUAGGCGACUGCAGGAUUCACAGACGGAUAUUGAAGAAUGCUCAGCUUCUGAAAAGACACCAUCAGAAACUGAACCAAUAAAUACUACAGAAAGCAGGGCUGUUCCCCAGAUUAACUUGCUCAGGAAUUCUACUUCCAGAUUUAAUUUAUGGCAAGAUCUUCCAGAAGUCAGAAGCAGUGGGGUUCUGAAUAUUCUUCAGCCAGACGAAGUCAAACUUCAAGAGGCCAUGUUUGAACUGGUCACUUCAGAAGCUUCAUACUACAAGAGCCUGAAUUUACUGAUAUAUCAUUUCAUGGAAAAUGAGCGAUUGAAAAAGUUUCUGCAUCCCUCAGAGGCUCACAUUCUCUUCUCCAAUGUUCUGGAUGUCAUGGCUGUUAGUGAGCGCUUCCUAUUAGAUCUUGAGAAGCGUGUAGAAGAGAACAUUGUAAUCUCAGAUGUCUGCGACAUUGUGUAUCAGCAUACUAUUAACCAUUUCUCAGUGUAUGUAACCUAUGUCUCCAACCAGACCUACCAAGAGAGAGCAUACAAGCAACUUCUCCAGGACAAGCCAGCUUUCCGGGAGGUAAUCACACAGUUGGAACUGGAUCCAAAAUGCAAAGGCCUGCCUUUUUCAUCAUUCUUGAUUUUGCCUUUCCAAAGGAUCACCAGGCUGAAGCUGCUGGUACAGAACAUCCUGAAGAAAGUGGAAGAAAAAUCUGAACGUGAAAUCACUGCCCUUGAAGCUCACAAGGAACUGGAAACAGUGGUGAAGGCAUGUAAUGAAGGUGUUAGGAAGAUGAGUCGUACAGAACAGAUGAUCAGUAUCCAGAAGAAGUUAGAAUUUAAGAUUAAGUCCGUGCCCAUCAUCUCUCACUCUCGUUGGCUGCUAAAGCAGGGGGAACUCCAGCAAAUGAAUGGGCCCAAGACAUCGCGUACACUUCGUACAAAGAAACUCUUCCGAGAAAUCUACUUGUUUCUCUUUAACGAUUUGCUGGUGCUCUGCAGACAGAUUUCUGGUGACAAAUACCAGGUGUUUGACUCUGCUCCCCGUGGACUUCUCCGGGUGGAGGAGUUGGAGGAUCAAGGACAGAGCUUGGCCAAUGUCUUUAUUCUGAGGCUGCUGGAAAAUGCAGAUGACCGGGAAGUCAGCUACAUGCUAAAGGCAUCAUCCCAGAGUGAAAUGAAGCGCUGGAUGAUCUUGCUGGCUCCAAAUCGGCGAACCAAGUUUGUUUCCUUUACGUCCAGGCUUAUGGACUGCCCUCAAGUACAGUGCGUCCACCCAUACGUGGCUCAGCAGCCAGAUGAGCUGUCACUGGAACUCGCGGAUGUGCUGAAUAUUCUGGAAAAGACAGAUGAUGGCUGGAUAUUUGGGGAGCGUUUGCAUGAUCAAGAAAGAGGAUGGUUCCCCAGCUCUAUGGGUGAAGAGAUUAUGAACCCCAAGAUUCGCUCUCAGAACUUGAAAGAGUGUUUCCGAGUGCACAAGUCAGAUGACAGCCAGCGGAGGAAAAUGGGCAGCAGGAAUAGACAAUAAUCACUGCACACAGUUGUCUGUCCUUUCUCAGAAGCAAUUGACAGCAGAUGCUGAGACAAUGGGAGUCGAUACCUAGGAGGUGUACAGGUAUCAGCUUUUGACAAAGAAGUUCUUUCACCUCCAUACUGGUGGUACUUCUUUGCAUACUUGACACAGCAUGGAUAAUCUCUCGGAAGGCAGACUUGAAAAGAAGUGAGACUGCCAUGUGCCUGUACAGAUCUAGGAGCUGUAAAACUUAUUUCCUAGUGUACUUCAAGCUCCAAAGAGUGCAAAUCUGUUUGGUGAGAAAAUGACGGACACUGGACAACUGGAAAAACAACGCCAAGACCCUGUAGGUUAUCAUCCUGAUUCUAUGACAAUUUUCCCAAUGGUACAACAAGGUGCAGCAUUCAAUGUUCUAGUGGUAAGAUAGAAGUUAGGGAGUUUAGGAGCCCAGGAGCACAACACCUUUGAAACUGUGCACUGUUAACUGUCGACAUCCAUGCCUAUGCACUCAAAAAGUUCCUCUUUAGGAACUGAUUUUGGACUGCCUACUGAAGUAUCUCUUAUAUAAUGCAUCAGAAGAACAGAGGUAAAUAAAUUACUAUAAA